GUCUUCAUCACAGUCAUCAGCAUCAUCACAUGUCCUAUCACAGCUGUUUUGAAUGUACUGAUCAUGAUUGCUGUGAAAACUAAAAACCAAGUGAGAACCAAGUCCAACAUUGCACUAGCUUGUUUAUCUUCUACUGAUGCGGUUAUGGGAGUGAUCGGUCAACCUCUUUUUAUCGGUUGGCUUAUCGAAGAACUGCAAGGAAACACGUCCGGUACGUACUGCGUGCUAAUAGGUUUUGCCAGAACAGUUUUGAGAGUGUUAGGCAUCGCAUCAUUGUUUCACCUGGCUAUGAUGAACGUAGAGCGGUACAUUGCCAUCAAAUAUUCACUGAGAUACGAAAUCAUAGUCACUGAAGCUCGUUUGAUUGGCGUUUCUGCUCUCUUGUGGACAAUAACCCUGCUUUUA